UCGUUGUGGUUUGCUCAAGUUUCGCCGUUUCGCGUUUCCUGCUUGUAACUACCGUUUUGCUGUUUUUAGGAAUGUCGCCAGGUCGCCAUUGUUGUUCAAUGAAUAACUAAAAAAGUGAUUGUUCACAAUUUACCAAUUAAUUUCUUCCUUCCAACGCGAUUUACAGACGUUGUUCGUACCAGUUUCAGAACUAUGACUCCUAUAAGCAAGUGUAUAAAUACUGAAAUUAGUGUUCAAAGUGGUGCAAUGUUGGAUGAGUAGUUCCUAUUAGCAAGCUUCGUAAUAAACCGUUUCGUAAGCUUCUGUUUGUCACGUGGGAGUGUGCCGUUUUUCACCAUCCAGGACCGAUCUAUCGUACUAAUUAACGAAAUAGUGUUUAUUCUACGGGUGUAUUCAAAUAUUUGAUUGUGUAGUACUUCCGUCAUCGAUAUAUCCUUUAAUAAUUGGCUUAAAUUCACGUUUGUUUUUGUUAUGGAAUUGGCCGGUGGUUAAAUAGCAGCAUCUUUAUUUUGAAAGUUAGUUUUUUCGGCGGGUAAAGAAGGCUGGUCAUUUCAAAACAUAAUUUGAUAAAUGUUGAUUGACAUGGUGAAGUUGAAAUCAGAAAACACUGGAUGAAUGGGAUUGCGUACGGCCUCGCUGAGGCAUACCCAUGCGGAGGUCAUGGCCCCAGCUCUAACAGAAACGGUUCAAACGCAGAAUUUUGACUUGCCACCAAAGUCUUGUUUAGAACCAGACUUUCCAAAAAAUAGUUACAUUAAAAAUAAAUACUUCAAUAACUUUGCUCCAUAUUUGAAGGAUGAUGCAUUCAAAAAAUCUUCAGUGAUCUCUGAAACAACAAUCUCGCUGCGUAAGUUUCGCAACAAAUCGAGUAGUGCCUCGGAUAACUUUACCGGUUCAAACUUCACUAUAAUGAAUUUUAGUCCAUCAUCUAUGGGCGACCAAGAAAACAAGAUGGGACUCCAAAAGACAGAUUUGAAUGAUUGUAAAGAUAAGAACUCUUGUGAUAUGCAAAAUUUACUGAAUAACUUGAGUUCUGUCUUACCAGAAACUGAUGCCGUGAGUUCAACAGGAGACUUGGGAAAUAAUGUUGAAGAUAUAAUGCAAGUAAUUAAAUCUAUAGAAGGAAAUGAACGAUUAAAUAGUAGUAAUGAUCUGAAUAGUGAAGGUGAGGAAAUAUUCACCCUGGAUACUGCCGAGUUAACCAAUAACCUGUCUUCAUUUGAAAAAGAACUGCUCGAAAAUGUAGAUGUAAUGGAUAUGUCAAUUGAGGACCAACAGGAUGAGCUCGAUACGGCAGUCAGACAGAAAGAAUCUCAAGCUAACGAAGUAUUGCUGGCACUGCAAAAGAAACAUGCAAAAGAACAGAGGAGGUUGGACUUUUUGAAAAGGAGGGUCUUCAAGUUGCAGUCUAGAUUGUUGGGGCAGCAUGUGGCUAGUGAAAUCGCUGGAGUGUUUGAAAAUGUUCAUCGAAAUCUAAAAAAACCUAAGGAAGUUUUGGAAGGGCAACCUCCACUGUUACCAACGUUAUGUAAUGAAACCAAGAACCAACUUAAACCCAUGUCUUACAGUUCAGCAAAAACAUUAGUUAGGAAAUUAGAAAUGAGUGCAAACUUGCAAGCUAAUACCAUUGCCAGACAAAAGACUGCUCCCAAAUACUUUGGAUCAGGCUCCAUUGAAAUUCCUAUGCCAAGGAAUAGUGCUGGAACAAUCAGUAUUACUCCCUGGUCUGUUGAAACCAAAAAUGAACUGCAAAAAGUGGCUAGACAAUUAAAAACCCAAACCCACUUGACGCAAAAGUAUGUUGAUUCUGAAGCUACUGAAAGUAGCUCAGGAGGUGAGAGCUGUGAUGAAAUGCAAACUUAUAACAACCCCCAUCAGCAGUACCUCAGUGUACAAAAAAGGGCCUUUUGGAAAUAUGCAAAGGAACGAGGAUUGAUAGCAGCUCGGUGGACCUGGAUUCAAGCCCAGAUAUCAGAUUUGGAGUACCGCAUACGUCAGCACACGGAUUGGCACAAACAGAUCCGAGCGAAUAAAGUUGCUGUAAAGUUAGGUGGCUCCAGUCCCCCAUGUACCCCUUUGCUGCAAACCCCCCAGACUACAAUCAAUGGAUAUUGUGGCCAGUUGCCGGGCAGUUCCCCCAUCUCAAAGACGGAGGACGGUGCCAAAGCUGAAAGUUCCGAUUUAGACUAUCAAUGUGCCAGGACUAGACCACUUGUGAUACACAAAAAAAGAAAGCUUCUGCAAGUUUCAGGGCUGCACGCGGUGUCGAGAAAGGCCGCGAGGCCCAGCACGAUCCGGUGCGGGUGUGUUCCUUUAUCUGUUCCGUGUGCGGUAUGUACUGGAAGAACGGAUCCGACCCAUCCGAGAGACCCACCAGAUACGAUGAGCAAAUCUGAGAAAGUAUCUCUAUUGGAUCCAAGUUUUCAUCCAGUAUUCUCAAUGCCUGAAGAUACUUCUCAGAAGAUUCACUUUGAGGCUGUGAUGAAAACUCAGGAAUGGCAGCAGAGAAGUACUCGUAUGAAAUCUUUCAAGGUUUUCUCGAAAUCUGAAAGGGCGGAGGCUAGAUCUUUAGAACACAGAACAAGGAAAAUAGAUCAUCGAAAGAAGUACGGCCGAAUGCUUAAACCAAGCACCAUCACAGCUUUAUCUGCAAAAAUUAGAAAUAAGAUCAGAGGAAGGAAGCCUGGCAGACAUCCUCUGAAUAAGAUACAUCGGAAAAGACAUAACAUUGCCAAAGAGACUGAAACCUUUUCAAACUCCCCUGCAGCAGACUGUGCAGACGAAGAGAUAGAUUCUAUCGGGACCAGUAGCAAUGCUGGUCCUCAUUCCUUCGAGUCGCCAAGUUCUUCGCCCUUGCUUCACAUGCACUCGAUUAGCGGGUACAAAAAGAAUAAUCGGGCGCUGUCAUAUGAUAUUGAUAACAUCGUCAUACCUUAUAGCGUCGCUGCGUCAACCAGAGUUGAGAAGCUACCGUACAAAGAAAUAUUAACUCCAAA